GCCCCAAACCUCCUCAUGUGGAGCGCUGCGGCUCCAUCAGCAGCAACAUCUCCCUCAGUGAGGGACGUUUCUUACUAAUCGGGGGCACUGAAUGGAAACCAAUCAGGCAGAGAGUCCCUUUGGCUUCAGCUGCCUGCCUGCCUGACUUAAAAGUGAUGCUGGGAGGGAGGGAGCCCUAGUUAGAUGCAAGUACGCGCAGCGCUGGAGCCACGGUAACGGGCAGAAGGGAGGACGCAGGUAGAGAAGCAGCACCGGGCGGGCAGAGCCGGGCUCACGCUGCCGGGCACGGUCCUACUUACAAGAGGAAUAUAACAUUUGAAAAAAUUGUUGUGGUGAAUUAUUAGAGGAGUGGAGGCUAGCAGCAUCUCUGUAAAUGAUGAGGACUUACUCCUUCUUGACAAUUUUGCUUUGGAGCUGUAUGUUUCAUGCGAUUCAUAUGAUGCCAUCUGAAAAAAGGACUAACAAGCACUCACGCAGUGAAAGGAUAACAGGAUUGUCAGAGAAUGAUGGAAAAACACUGCACCGCACCAAGCGUGGUUGGAUGUGGAAUCAAUUUUUCUUACUGGAGGAGUACACAGGUCCAGAUACUCAAUACGUGGGCAAGCUACACACUGACCAAGAUAAAGGAGAUGGAAAUUUAAAAUACAUAUUAACAGGAGAUGGGGCUGGCAGUCUGUUCAUUAUAGAUGAAAAUACAGGAGAUAUUCAUGCUGCAAAGAAAUUGGACAGAGAAGAAAAGUCCCUGUAUGUGCUACGUGCCAAGGCUAUAGACAGAAAAACUGGAAGACAAGUGGAGCCAGAGUCUGAAUUUAUCAUUAAAAUCCACGAUAUCAAUGACAAUGAACCAAAAUUCACCAAGGACAUGUACACCGCCAGUAUUCCGGAGAUGGCUGGAGUUGGUACAUCUGUUAUUCAAGUGACAGCCACAGAUGCUGAUGAUGCCAACUAUGGAAACAGUGCCAAAGUGGUGUACAGCAUCCUCCAGGGACAGCCAUAUUUCUCCGUGGAUCCAGAAACAGGCAUAAUCAAGACUGCUUUACCAGACAUGAGUAGAGAAAACAGGGAACAGUAUCAAGUGGUCAUCCAGGCCAAAGACAUGGGAGGCCAGAUGGGAGGACUAUCAGGGACCACCACUGUGAACAUCACGCUGACUGAUGUCAAUGACAAUCCACCUCGCUUCCCUCAGAGCACCUACCAGUUCAGCUCUCCUGAGUCUGCACCACCUGGGACUCCUCUUGGCAGAAUUAAAGCCAAUGACCCCGAUGUGGGUGAAAAUGCAGAGAUUGAGUAUAGCAUCUCCAAUGGGGAUGGAUCAGACAUGUUUGAUAUCGUCACUGACAAGGACACACAGGAAGGGAUUAUAACUGUCAAAAAGCAUCUGGAUUUUGAAAACAAGAUGUUAUACACCUUAAGAGUGGAAGCAACCAACACUCAUCCUGAUCCUCGUUUUCUUCAGCUGGGGCCAUUCAAAGACACGGCUUUGGUCAAAAUUUCCGUGGAAGAUAUAGACGAACCUCCAGUGUUCAGCAGACCCUGGUAUUUAAUAGAGGUAGAUGAAGAUGCCAAGGAAGGAAGCAUUAUUGGGCAGGUUGUAGCCCAAGAUCCAGAUAUAACAAAGAAUGCAAUAAAAUAUUCUGUGGAUCGACACACUGACCUUGACAGAAUAUUCAACAUCUAUUCAGGAAAUGGAUCCUUAUUCAUCUCAAAGCCACUUGACCGGGAAGAAACUCCCUGGCACAACAUCACUGUCAUAGCAACUGAAAUCAAUAAUCCAAAACAAACUAGCCAGAUACCUGUCUUCAUUCGGAUUUUAGACAUAAAUGAUCAUGCACCAGAAUUUGCGAAAUACUAUGAAACAUUUGUUUGUGAAAACGCAAAAGCAGGACAGCUGAUACAGACUGUGAGUGCAGUUGACAAAGAUGAGCCUCCUCGAGGACACAAAUUUUUCUUUGAGUUGGUGCCAGAAUUUGCUCUUCAUCCAAACUUCUCCAUUGUAGACAACAAAGAUAACACAGCAGGAAUCAUGACAAGAAGAAAUGGAUACAGCCGUAGUAAGAUGAGUACCUAUCUCCUGCCAAUCAUAAUAUUUGACAAUGACUACCCAAUCCAGAGCAGCACUGGCACGCUGACCAUUCGAGUGUGUGCCUGCGACAGCCGGGGGAACAUGCAGUCCUGCAACGCGGAGGCUUUGCUCCUCCCUGCUGGCCUCAGCACCGGGGCGCUGGUUGCCAUUCUCCUCUGCAUCAUUAUCCUGCUAGUAUUAGUUGUCUUGUUUACGGCUCUCAAGAGACAGAGGAAGAAAGAACCCUUGAUCAUCUCAAAAGAUGAUGUUCGGGACAACAUUGUGACCUACAACGAUGAAGGAGGUGGGGAAGAAGACACACAGGCUUUUGACAUUGGUGCGCUGAGAAAUCCAGAAGCGAGGGAGGAAAGUAAGAUGAGAAGAGAUGUUAUCCCAGAAACUAUAUUUCAGAUAAGACAGACUGCACCUCUUUGGGAAAACAUUGAUGUCCAAGAUUUUAUCCAUAGAAGGUUAAAGGAAAAUGAUUCAGACCCAGCUGCCCCUCCCUAUGAUUCAUUAGCAACAUAUGCCUACGAAGGAAAUGAUUCCAUAGCAAAUUCACUCAGCUCCCUGGAAUCACUUACCACGGAGGGCAACCAAGACUACGAUUACCUCAGUGACUGGGGACCUCGAUUUAAAAAACUGGCAGAUAUGUACGGUGGAGAGGACAGUGAUCGAGACUGAGACAGUAAUCUGUGACCUGGUCAGUGUUAGUGGAAUUCAUGUCUAUGUUACUAGAUAAAGUGGCCUACUCUCUCUUGGGAAUAAAAAAAUUACAAAAAAUAGGUGUUGUCUUAGUAAGGGUUUGCUUAAUCAAUAAGUCAACGUGAAUGAAUAUGAAUGAUUUAGAUUUUAAAAAAUCUAUAAUUCACCCUCUCUGCCUAGAAACCUCUGAUGAAAGGUUUUAAUUGACAAUGAAAAGACAAUAAAAGGCUUUUUGUGCCUUUACUAAUCAGAUGGAAACUUAAUUUUUUUAAUUGCUUUGCAUCACCUUUCCUACUAGCUGGGACAGCGUGCACCUGCAUUGUAACAUAAUCUCAAAAAUAUACUUUAAAAAAGAUUAAUAUUACUGUCAUACUUCUUGAGUUAAAGAAUGUCUGUGUGUUGACUCAUCAUGAUAUUUUUAUAUAU